CAGCUUAAAGUAGGAAGUCUUCAGAGUCUGGAGCCUCAUCCUGAUCACAUCAAGAGACGAAGCUUCGCUCCACAUUCAGAGGAAACAUGGACCAAACAGCUCUGAUGCUGCUGCUGUGUCUCUGCAGCUCAGAUUCAGUCAGGCUGGUUCCAGGGACCAACCGGUGCUCAGGCAGACUGGAGGUGAAGACCAACCAGUCGUGGUCCUCAGUGUGUGAAAAAGACUUUGACCUGCAGGAUGCACAGGUGGUCUGCAGGGAGAUUGGCUGUGUGCCUCCUUCAGUCCUCCAGGGGGCGCUCUAUGGAGAAGCAGAGGCUCCAGUGGGGAGCAGAGAGUUCCUGUGUGAAGGCAGUGAGUCUGCUCUGCUGAACUGCAGCAGCAGGAAGAGUUCAGGUAGAAACAGCUGCUCACCUGGUCAAGCUGUUGGACUCACCUGUUCAGGUAGAGGAGGAUCUGCAGACCUGCUGCUGUUCACUGCUUCACUUCCUUCAUUAAUCAACUCUCUGUCUCUGCUCACAUCAAGACAUCAGGUUGGUGGGAGAGGCCAGUCGAUGUGCUGGGAGACUGGAGAUGUUCCAUCAAGAAGAGUGGAGACCAAUUCAGUCAGGCUGGUUCCAGGGACCAACCGGUGCUCAGGCAGACUGGAGGUGAAGACCGACCAGUCGUGGUCCUCAAUGUGUGAAAAAGACUUUGACCUGCAGGAUGCACAGGUGGUCUGCAGGGAGAUUGGCUGUGGGCCUCCUUCAGUCCUCCAGGGGGCGCUCUAUGGAGAAGCAGAGGCUCCAGUGGGGAGCAGAGAGUUCCUGUGUGAAGGCAGUGAGUCUGCUCUGCUGAACUGCAGCAGCAGGGAGAGUUCAGGUCUGCUGGUUGAGCCGCUCAUCUUCCUCCCUUCCUCCACUGACGGGGUCUCCACAGGCAGAAAGCAGGGGUCUGAGCUCCUCAUUGGCUCAGAGUUCAGCAUCAUGUGCUCCAUCAGGCCUCAGUAUGCAGGCGGCUCCUUCCAGCUCAUCUUCAGCACCUCUAACUACACUCAGAACCAGACCCUGCCAGCUGUUAAUCACUCCGCCCUCUUCCUGUUCGCUGCUGCUGGCCACGCCCACCAAGGAACCUACCGCUGCCUUUACCACGUCUACGUUUUCUCCCAUAACUUCUGGUCUAUGAGCCAGCCUCUCAACCUCACUGUCUCAGAUAAACUCAUGGAGUCCAUCAGGAGAAGUUCUGCUUCAGCCCAUCUCACUGCUUUGAUCAUCAGACUGGUUGUCGUCCUGCUGGGAAUGCUGGGAAUGCUGGGAUCCGUCCUGCUCCUCUACUAUAAGGCCAGGAGAAACCAGAAGUCUGGACCAGAAAACAUCAUGAUGAACGUUCUUGAUGAAGGAUCCAGAGCUGAAGGCGGCUUAGAGGAGGAGGCUGCAGUCUGAAGGAACCAGGAGAAAAUCAUCUUGGUUUCACAUCCACAGGAAGGAGCAGAGACACGUUUCAGACUCCUGGGAAUCUGUCCGUCUAUGUAUCUAUAAUAAAAUGUCUCUGAGCUCCUGCAGCAGGAAGGAAGUUCAACAUUCAGAAAUUUGUAUCUGGACUAAACCUACAGAAGUAAAACUUAUAUAAGAAGGGAAAAGAAAACAUCCACCAAACAAAAUAUAAUAGAAAACCCACUUGAUCAAAAUCUGAUCAUCAACCUUGCAAGGAUAGCAUAUGAUAGGAUGUUUGGGGUCAAAGGUUAGGCAGCCAUUUCCAUUCAGGCCCUGAAUCCAGCUUGUGUCCUUGUCUUGGUUGGGGUUAUGAAUCAGUCUUUAGCUGUUUCUCUGAACUCUGUAUUAUUAUAAAGUUGUAGAAUAUUUUCUUUUUUGCAUUCUUAUGACAUCCUUAAAUGUUUAAUAUGCUUUAUGAAAGAAAAUGCGUUUGCUUGCAGUCUGUUUUGUAGCUCAGUAGAUUGUUAAACUGUGAGGAUGGAAUGAAACCUUUCCUAUCAAACAGUUUGCUGUGUUUUGCUCGAGGCUCUUUCUCCUGACUGUGUUCAGUGAGCAGAGACUCCAAAUGCUGUAAAGCCUUCAAAUAAAUAUUGACAAAGAAUUGA